GCCAUGUCUCAGGGACCCAGCGAGACCGCCACGGAGCGGGAGCUGGAGAUGGUAGAAGACAGUCUUUCCGCAGUCUCUUCCGGAUCUGAUGCCGAAACGAAGCCCAAGAGGAAAGCUUCUCGCAAGCCUCCGAAAUCCCCAAAGUCCCCUUAUUCCUCUAGCAACGCUCUCCAUCCUAAGAAGCCAUCAUUCCUGAGAUCCUUCAAGGGGACGGACAGCAAACGUUUCGACAUUCCUUCGGGCAAGGUCUCCAGGCAGCUGUGGCGAGUCUCACGGAGACAAGAUGCGUGGGUCAGCCAAGCCAAGUCAGACCUCAGCGUGGGUCUUGCGUGGUCUGCUCCCUCCGACGGCACGCCUGAAUACCUUAAGGAAGCCCUGGGCAUGAAGAAGCCGAAACACGCUCGUUUUGCCAGCAACGGCUAUAUCCCGGGCACCCCGAGCUACAAAGAGAAGGAAGAUAUGUACGAUGAGAUACUUCAUUUAAAGAAGGAACUGCAGGCUCAGAAAUCCGAAGCGGAUCAAAUGAGAACGAAGCUUCGGCGAUUGGAAGAGGAGAAUAUCCGAAAAGACCGACAGCUGGAACAGCUGCUCGAUCCCUCCCGGGGCUCUGAGUUUGUCGGGUUACGGACGGAGCCAAGGAGCGACAGCAGAUGGGUGAUCAACAGCUUGAAGCAGAAGAUUCUCAAGCUGGAGCAGCAGUGCAAGGAGAAAGACAACACCAUCAACAAACUCCAGACGGAUAUCAGGACCACGAAUGCAGAAGAAAUGCGGAUUUCUCUGGAGACCUGCUAUGAGGAAAUCCAGAGACUCCAAGCCCUGCUGGCGAAAGCGAAGGCGACAGAACAGAAGUCGUCUCCUGAGAGCAGGCACCAGAAAGUGCUCAACGCUGCCAUCCUGCAGUUGUCCAGGAGCAUCAAGGAACUGCAGGAGGAGAACCGGGGCCUCAAAGCGGACCUGCAGCAGGUGCUGAGGAACUCUCCGGCCUCCAGUAAGGCAAAGAAUUACACUGAGUGGAGCAGACAGAGGCUGGUGCGGCAGAUUUCGAAGCUGGAAAAAAAAAUAGCUGAAAUGGAGAAUGCUCAGCCACAGCUCUUGGGGACCAGCACAGUGCCAUCCUUCACUCCACCCACUUCUGCCCGCCUGGAUCAGCCGGUUGCUAAAGAAUUGGACGCCCUGGGGGAGUGCGACCACACCUGCAGGCUGGCGAAGAAGCUGCAAGGCCAGCGGGUCAUCCUUCGGAAUCAGCUGGUGGCGAAAGAGGAAGAAAUCCAGAAGCUGAAAGAGAAGAUGAACAAACUGGAGGCAAAGCAAGGAUUGACCUGUGGACAGGCUGGGCUUGAUAACACAGGGUCUCCUGUUCAGAGCCAGCCAGAAUCAUCUACCGGGGGCCACCGAUCUCACCCAGCGAGUAGGCCGCAGUCAAGGGAUUCGCACUCCAGGUGUUCGCCGCCGCAUUCUCCCAUGCGUCACAGAAAGGAACAAGCAGCUCGAACCAUCCAAAGGCAGUGGAAGGUGUACAAAACCAAGGUGGAAGAGAUUGAGCUGGAGAAGGUGGCCGUGGCGCUCCAAGCAGCUCUCAGGGGACAUUUAGCUCGGCAGAAACUAUUAGCUGGCAGUGCGCAAGUUCGGAAUUCUCCCCACGCUGGAAACGAGAACUCCAGUUUGUCGUGUGGGUCCCUCUCUUCGAGAUCGACGGCGGGCAGCAAAACAGACCUGAAGGACUUGAGGCUCAUCCAGUCUGUUUUCAGGGCUCACACUGCACGGACGCAGCUAGAAAGGCUGCCAGCGUCUUGCCCGGCGAGCGAGGAGGUACGGCCAGAUGCUGACCCCAGAGAGAAGAAGCCCGUCUGGUCAGCAUUCAAGCAUUCCCCUUUAGUCUUCACCUCCACAAGCCCUGCCGCAUCCUCCCCGAGUUGCCCGCAGCCCUCUCCUGUGCCGCCGGCAGACGAGGCUCAUUCAGAUGACUCCGAUGAUAUCGUCACCGUGUCUCCCUUGCCGGGGAAGAAGAAAGGGCCUUUGGGGUUCAGCAGCUCUUCAUCGCCUUUGCUCUUGCGCUCCUAGCUGCUGGUGGACUUUCAGCCCGGUUCGGCAUUGCUGCGGAACCAAGGGGUGGAGUUGGCUGCACCACUUCCAGACUAAAGAGGGAGAGAUUGCGUUUUGGAACACUCCACUGCAUAGACAGUUCCUUGCCAAUGGAAACUUAAGAGUGGGAAAGGACUCCAGGGUCAUAUAGUCCAACUCCCUACACAACGCACAACUCCACAACUAUCUCCCACCCACCCAUCCCCCUAGUUACCCCAGAGGAAGGCAAAAAACCUCCAGGAUCCCCUGGACUAAUGUGGCCUAGAGGAAAAUUCCUUCCUGACCCCAUAGUGGUGAUUGGCUAUAUCCUGGGCACAUAAGGAAGCUGGAGUAGCAUGGCCUGUUCUACCACCUCAGGAUCCCACCACCUUCCUUCCCCAAGUAAUUCCCCCCCUCCAAGAGAGAUGGCAGCUCUGAGUUUGGAAAAAAAACAGACAUUUAAGGCCCUGUUUUACUAUGUGGUUUUGAAGGAUGCAGUCUUAGGCGACUAAGAGGGAACGUGAUAAACAUGCAAAAAGUUAUGCACGGGGUGGAGAGAGAAGACAGAGAGACAUUUUUUCUCCCUUCCCCUCCCAAAAUACUAGAACUCGAAGGCAUCCCAUGAAAGAGACAGGCAGUUGAUUCAGGAAAUUCUCCUUUACACAGCGAGUGAUUGAAACGCAGGAUUCGCUGCCAAAGGAA